AUGGUGAAAACAGUACAAUCUAAUUAUUUCACAGAUGAAAUGAAAAAUGAUAUGCUUGGAACUAAGAGUGAAGUGUUUCUUCCUUCUCUUUCUGCUGACGGUAGCUAUACGUUCAGCACAAAGAAUAUGACAUAUUCAGAAUUGAUGCAUUUGAUCGGUUCUGUUACAUCAGUAUUAGCCAAUAGUACUUUAGAAACUUUUAGGAAUACCACAAACUUUGAGUACAUCUUUUUGUGGAAGAACAGGUUACUCUUUAUUGAUUAUUUCGAGGUCUUUUGCGAUAUUUUGACUGCAAGAAACUUUGAACAUUUGAAUGCAUGGUCCAACAUUAUUAUUGGUGUAAUGUCAACCCUGAUAGGUCUAUUUACCAUAUAUUUGAUCGUGUUUUGGGUAAUUGUUGGUGGCUAUAUGAAGGCAUCAUCCAAGCUAUUCAAGCUUUACAAGUUUUUACCAAAGGAUGAAGUAGGAAAGCUUUUCCAUGAAUUGGAGAAAAAGACAAGCCAGCUUAAUCAAAGAAUUGAGUUUAGAAAGUCCAAUCUAUUAUCUCCUUCAAACGUUAUGAUCUACUUUUUGGCUUUAGUCUUCUUACUAACUUAUAUUUCAGUUGGAUUGAUAUUUUUUGAGGCCCUUUACAACUCUGUUUACAACAGACAAGCAAUUUCCAAAGUUCAACAUGGUACAGAAAUUACGCACGAUUUGACCAAGAUCACCUUUGGUUCAUUCCAAUCCUUAUUUGAUGAUACUGAUUAUCUUCAAUAUACACACGAUGAAUUGUAUGAAUUUGCAAAGCGGUACAAUACCAUGGACGAGUACACUGAUUUCAGAUACGGAACAGAGGAUGCAGGUUAUUAUAAUUUAAUUGGUAUGACAUCUUCUAUAGAUACACAAGUUGAGCACCGUGGAACAGAUGCUAAAUGCAAGAAUUACACUUUGAUUAAUUUUGAUAUUUCACAAAUAGAAUGCAUGAGCAUGGAUGAAUUGAUUAAUGCAAAUGCUUACUAUUUAGCUAAACAAGUAGAAGAUAUUUACAAGAAGAAAUAUUCAGAAGAACAAUUGUUGGCAACUUUUUGGAAGAAUUACUUGGUAUACAUUCAGACAAGAAAAAAGAGUUGGGGAAUCAUGCUUGAAUCUGUUGAUUAUUUCACCUCUAGAAUUAAUCAGAGAAUAAUAAGUGGUUUGGCUUGUGCCUUGCCUGCUCUGGUUGCUCUGUUAGCGUAUAUGGCUUUUAGGACUUAUAGUAGAAUUAAUAAGGAAAGAUCUCUCUUCUUAUUAAUGCUCUUCCAAGUUCCUUGUGAUGUUCUAGAUAAUCUAGAUCCAAUCAAGAAUUACAUUUUUAAUAGAAGCUUUGAUUCUGGAAAGAAGAAUAAGCAAUUGUCAUUGGAUGGAAGAAGUGAGGUUAAGGCAGUUUGUGAUGCUGCUGUGGAUGGAAUGAUUCUUUGUACCUCUGUUGGUGUGAUUGAAAUCUUUAACACUGCCUCGGAAACAAUGUUUGGAUACAAGUCCACAGAUGUACUUGGAUUGUCUCUUACCAAACUGUUUGAAAAGGAAGGCAGAGAAAAGGUAGAGAAUAUUCUGGCCAGAUUGAGACAAUCUAAUGAAACAAUGGGAGAAACUCUAGAAUUGGUUUGUUUAAGAAAAAAUGACAGAAAGUUCCCAACAAGAGUUUCCUUAUCAGUUAGUUUGCUAAGCACUUCCAAUAACAUGAAAAAAUCUGUCAUUACAUGCUUUAUCAAGGAUAUCACCACCGAAUUGAAACACAAUAAUUUGAUUAAGGAAGAAAAGAUGAAGUCUGAAGCACUCUUGUUGAAUAUUCUCCCUGAACCAGUGGCCAAUAGACUGAAGGCAGGUGAAACCAAUAUAUAUGAAAACUUUAAGGAUGUUACCUGUUUCUUUAGCGACAUUGUUGGUUUUACAACCAUGUCAUCAACCAUGGAACCAAAUCAAGUGGUUGCCAUGUUGAACGAAAUUGUCAAUCAAUUUGAUAUCCUUUGUGACUCGUAUGAUUUAGAAAAAAUCAAAACUAUUGGUGAUGCAUACUUUUGUUGUGGUGGUUUACACAAUUGUAUGCAAAGUGAUCACCCUGAGAAAGUUGUUAGAUUUGCCAUUGAUACAUUGGGUGUCAUUUAUAUUUACAAUACUCAAAACAAUACUACUGUGAAUAUUCGUGUUGGUGUACAUACUGGCAGUGUAGUAGCUGGUGUUUUAGGUAUAAAGAAGUUUGCUUAUGAUUUGUGGGGAGAUGCUGUAAAUACUGCCUCUCGUAUGGAAUCAACCGGUUUACCUGGUAGAGUUCAAAUAUCAAGAGACACUUAUGAAAGAGUGCACGAUUUGUUCGAAUUUGAUUUGAGAGAAAUUGAAGUUAAAGGAAAAGGUAAAAUGAAGACAUAUGUGGUAAAGGAAAAACAUCAUCAAAAUCCAAACAAGGAAUCUCCAGAAAUUACCAGUACCACUAUUCUAAGAAACAGACUGGGUGAAUCAAGUUCUGCAGCAAAUUUAUUCCAAGCUCAACAAAAUAUUGACCAUGAAAAUUCAGUUCCAAAUUUACUUCAAUUAACCAUUCCAGAUAAAUAUUAA